CGAGGCAAAAGGUCACAUAUUUCAGCAAUGGGUAUGUUUUGGGUCUUACAGUGAUUGCUGGUAUUGGUGGAUUGUUGUUUGGCUAUGAUACAGGUAUUUUCUCCAUCACAGUUUAAUUUAUGAAGUCCAUGGAGUGCAAAAUUUGAACCCCAAUUUCUUUUGGGUAUUCCUCUCGCAUAAGAGGUUCAUUCUUUACUUUUCUAACUUUUAAGUCUAGAAACUAUUUGUGCAAAAAUUAAAGGUUUGAGGAAGGAGGAUUUGGUAACUGUUUUGAUCAGCUGUUGUACUUAAUUGAUAUUUUUGCAUCAUGUUGUAACUAUUUUAAGGCUUCUUGGGGAAUUGAUUAUGUUCCCUAUUGUUAUUGAUUCUUGAGUGAGUAAUUGAAUUGGGUCAUAUGUCCUAGUGUUUUUGAUUUAGGAGUGGAUAAUUGAAUUGGGUCAUAUCUCCUAGUGUUGUUGAUUUAUGAGUAAGCGAAUUGGGUCAUAUGUCCUACAGUUAUUUAUCUAUGAGUGAGAAAUUCAAGUGGAUCAAAUUUGCUCUCAUUCUAAAUUUCAUGGUGUAAUGUUGUAAAAUUUAUAUGGUUGAGUUGUUCCUUGAUUUGGGUUCACCCCUUCUUCUUUUUUGUGUUGCUUGAUGUGGAUUCAUUGAUGAAACGGCUUUUUUCUUGUCUUUCAAAAAGGUAUCCACAGGUCUUUUUUUUUGGGUAAUUCAUUGGGGAAAGACAGGCCCUGCCCGUUCUUUCAAUAGAUUGGGAGUUACAUCUUGAAGGUGUUAAUGGGGGGUAUCAGCGGUAGGAAUGGAUACCACGAUGUGGUAAUUGGGUGUGGGGAUGCUACCACUACAACCCCAACCCCUUUCAUAAAGGUAUCCAUAGGUCUGUAAUUCACAUUAUGCAAGUUCUGAAUUUAUUCAGGGCCUGGUUCAGUGCUAGCACAGUAAUAGAUUUUUUUCUUUACUUUGUAUUUUAGAAAGGGAUCAACUAGUUAAUGGAACUCUCUCUCAUAUAUAUAUGGCUCCUUCAUAGUGGGUUUUGCAUGAUUCAUGCAAUUUGAAUCAUAGAGUUCACAUUAGAAGCUCUGUGCAAGUUCAGCAUCUGCACUUAAUUAUUGUAAUGCGUCUCUUAUUUCUUCUUCCUUAGUUAUUGAAUAUCAUGGUGAAUGUUUAUCACUUUCUUUUUUUGGGUGUCUGUUUUAUUGGUCCAUGCUAAUUCUUCACAAGUAAGCCAGGGAGAGGCUUUGAUCUUCUCCCCUUGAUUAUCAGAAAUGGAAGCGAAUUGUAUCAACUGGUAUGGGCUCCAUGUAGCUGGUUAAAACUUUCUUAUUCUCCCUUUUGUGUCUUCUCAGCAUUCCAUUACUUAGAUCUCUCCACAAUGUAUUUAUGGAUUUAUGGUUCAUGCUACUUUGUAUGACUUGAAUAUUCAUCUAUUAGAACCUCCUCUUCUCUACUGUGUGAGUGCGAUACUUCUGUUCUACUACUGUUUCAUAAAAAGAGAUUGUCAUUUCAUUACUUCUGGAGAAAUUCAUUACGGCAGGCAUUAUUCUUUCUUCUAUUCACUCUUAUGAAUAGGCGUGAGUAGGCAACAUGCUUUUCCAUGAAGGUUUUAAGUUUAACUCCUGAGAUAGUUUUUUCUCCUCUCACAUAAGUUUCGAGAGACAAAGGGCUUGGGCAUUCUAGUGUUAGAGAUGUACACAUUUUUACAUUCAUUAGGGGAACCUUAGCCAUUUCUUCAUUCCCCCGAGUCUUUUUAACAUGUUUCGUAGUGGCUGUUUGAUCAUUUUUACAAUUCCAUAAUCAUGUAGAAUGGAGUGUAAUCCAGUAAUAGUUAGAAAAAGCGUGUUAUACGUGAGGGAAGGAGUACUCAUAUGUUGUAAAUCAAAGAGAGAUUGAACAUGCUGCCUCUUUUUAUGUGGAGGAUGCAUUUGGGAAUCAAUGGAUCUCUAGUGUCCUACAUAUGCAUUUAUUUGCCGAUUUUAUAUCCUUUUCUUUGGUCAUGUGGAGAAUAUGAACGAGCUUUAAAAAAAUUUCUUCGAAGGGAUCAAAGCCGGCACUGUAUGAUUAUGAGUCACUCUUGGAAAACUCUUGUAAUGACACCCAUAAUCUACAUGAACAAACUAUAAUGGUUUUAUAGUUUUCUUUAGUCGUUUGUUCUGUACACUUCGUACUUUCACUGCAUGAGGGGCAGUAUUAGGUGUAAGAUCACCCUGCAUCAUGGUUGUCUUUAUGCAUAUAUUCUAUGUCAAGGAUUGCAAUUGGUCAAAAUAAAGACGGGCUGCUACUUUUUCAGGUGUUAUAUCAGGUGCCCUUCUGUAUAUUCGUGAUGAUUUUCAGGCUGUGGAUAAGAGCAGUUUUUUACAGAAUUGUUUUUUCAGGAAACCAUAGUGAGCAUGGCAUUGGUGGGUGCUAUUAUUGGAUCAGCUUUAGGGGGUUGGAUCAAUGAUACAUAUGGGCGUAAGAAAGCAACCCUUUUGGCCGAUGUAAUAUUCGCCAUCGGAUCAAUCUGCAUGGCGGCUGCUCCUGAUCCUUACGUGCUCAUACUUGGGAGGCUUUUGGUUGGUUUGGGUGUGGGAGUAGCAUCUGUUACUGCCCCUGUAUAUAUUGCAGAGGCUUCUCCUUCUGAGAUAAGGGGAGGGCUCGUAAGUAUGAAUGUUCUUAUGAUCACAGGGGGCCAGUUCCUCUCCUACCUUGUGAACAUCGGUUUUACACAGGUACCGGGAACGUGGCGCUGGAUGCUUGGGGUUUCUGGCGUCCCUGCUGUGGUGCAAUUUUUCAUGAUGCUAUUCUUGCCCGAGUCUCCUCGCUGGCUUUAUCUCAAGGAUCAAAAGGUUAAAGCUAUUGAAGUGCUUGAAAAGAUAUAUGAGCCCGAACGAUUGAAGUAUGAGAUUGACCGGCUUUCGGAUGCUGCAGAGGAAGAGCUUAAACAGGAGAAAGCUGUCAGCUACAUCAAUGCUUUCAAGUCCAAGGAAAUCCGGCUUGCUCUGUUUGCUGGAGCAGGACUUCAGGCAUUCCAGCAGUUCACAGGAAUCAACACUGUGAUGUACUACAGCCCCACGAUUGUGCAGAUGGCCGGCUUCUCAUCCAACCGCCUCGCACUCCUCCUCUCUCUCAUCGUCGCCGCCAUGAAUGCUGCUGGCACUGUCGUUGGCAUCUUCCUCAUUGACCGCAUUGGUCGCCGCCCCCUUGCCAUGACCAGCCUUACUGGUGUCCUCCUCUCUCUCUCUCUCCUCUCCUCAGCCUUCUAUCUAUCUUCACACCAAUGUGCAAAUUCCCUCUAUUUUGGCUCUUGUUCAGCCAGUGCCGGUUGGUUUGCAGUGAUAGGUUUAGCUCUCUACAUUCUGUUCUUCUCUCCAGGGAUGGGUCCUGUCCCUUGGGCCAUAAAUUCCGAGAUUUACCCUUCGGGUUACAGAGGAGUUUGCGGAGGUUUCUCAGCAACAGUGAAUUGGAUUUCAAAUUUGAUUGUUGCGCAAACAUUCCUGUCGCUGGUGGAUGCGGUGGGGACACCUGCGACAUUCCUGAUGUUUGCAGCAGUGGCUGUGGCAGCACUUGUAUUUGUAUGGGUGUACGUGCCGGAGACAAAGGGCCUGAGCUUUGAGGAGGUCGAGAUGCUCUGGAAAGAGCGGGCUGCGGGGCAGAGGUGGGGGCAGCAGCAGCAACGGUUGCUCGAUGAUACCUCCGUGGAGCCUUAAUGUGGUAUUUGUGUGCUUAUCUCUCACUCUCUCUCUUGAUUUGGAGAGUGAAAUCUGUGCAAACGUGCUUUGGAUGGUGUUUUAUGCAUCGGGCCAUGCACAUGAUCUCUUUUUCUUUCUUUCUGAAUGUACUCAAUGAUCUCUUUUUCUUUCUUUCUAAAUGUACUCAAUCUCUCUCUAUGUCGUUGAUUUGGAGGGGUGGAAUCUGUGCAAAAGUGCUUUGGUGGUGUUUUAUGCAUGUGGCCAUGCAUGUGAUCCCCACCCCCAACACUCCCCUAAAAAAAAGAGGUGGGGAGUAGAAUCAGUGGAUGUCUUUUGGUUGGUGUUGUAUGAACGGGGAUGUGUAAUUCAGUGUAUUUGGGUAAAGACAGGUCCCUAAACUUUUUUAUUUUUUAUUUUGGUUAAUUCAGUGGAGAAGACAGGUCCUUACCCCUUUUUUUUGUUAAUUCAGUGCAUUUUUUUUUUGGGUAAUUUAGUAUUUUGUGGCAGUGGGGAAGACAGGUCCCUACUCUUUUUUUUUUUUCAAAUAGAUUAGGGAGUUAGCUUUAUUGAAGGCGUUAGGUGGGUCUUGUUAUAGUAGGAUUAGAAACCACAACGUGGUAAUUAGGUAUGAGGUGCUACCACUACGACCGAGCCCGAUGUGUUCUCUCUCGACACUUUUUUUCUCAAUUGUUGAUGCUGGGUAACAAUCCUACUCUCCCCCACUUGUGUGGCCACCAUUGUACCUGCUAUUCUUUCUCAGUAUUUCCCAACCCCCUUCUGUCUCUGCCCUACAGUGGAUGUCUGUCACUCUCUCUCUGGUGUUGUAAUGUGUGCAGUCACAUUCUUAUGUACCUGAUUCUCUUCGAGAGGACAUAUAUUGGAUACUCAAAUAGUCAAAUGUGUUUCUUUA